AUGUUCGAUUUUGAGGCAGAAUACAAAAUAGUUAGACAUUUUUAUGAGAUUGGCACAUUCACAGGAAGACGUCUUCAUGAUAAGCUUGCAACAAGGGCCAGCGAAAAUGUGCAGUCUAUUCACUACGGAGUAUUGGCCUGUUUUGGAUGUAAAGGAUUCUUUCGACGAGCCGUGAAGGACGGCAGAAACAAGUACGUUUGUCGAUUCGACAAGAAUUGUGAGGUCAACAAAUUUGAACGAAAUGCGUGUCGAUACUGUCGAUUUCGGAAAUGUUUGCUCGUGGGAAUGAACCCUGACUUUGUUCGACCAGACAGAGAAGAGGCACGUGAGAAACUUCGCAGUCAGAAAUCGCUUUUGUCAAAGAAAAAAAGCAUUGGGCGGUCAUUAUCAAACAAAGCCGAUGCAGACAGCGAUUGGACAGCUCAGCUACCGUCGAAUUCCAGAAAACUGCUAUGUGAUCUGAAUACAUUGGAAAACGACACUCGAAAUGGGACUCCAGUGAAGCUUGAACACAGUCCCAGUUUGCUUUCAAUUCAAAGAGUCGUCACCAUCACGGACUUCAUUGAUGGCCUCAUCAGCGUCAUCGAGAGGGACUCAUCACGAAAAACCACCGUUGAAGACAAGUGCUCGUUGAUCAGCUCCGUAUUUCUUCCUUUGAACAUUCUCGAUCAAGCUGCUCGUUCUAUUACCAAGGACUCUGCGUUCUACACAGAGGAAUUCACUAAAUCAUUGGAGAAUUUUCAGAUAGAGCCUUCGACGAUUUCCGAAUUCGUAACACUGUGCGAGCGAUUCAAGCGAUUGUCUCCCUCUCCAGUUGAAUACUCCAUAAUCGUGCAACGCUUGUCGAAUGGUUUUUGCGCUCAUCUAUCCGAUGUGCAUGAUGCACUUCAAGAGCUACUUUUUCGUGUGAUCAAACUCUCCAGGACGAAAUCGUCGGCUUCUGCAGCUAAUAUUAUGGCGAAUCUCGCCUCUCAAGUGUACGCCAAGUAA